GAGUCGCUGGAAGCCAUGUACAGGGUUGUGAUUGAGCGCGCCAAGUUCUUGCAAAUCCAGGCAUCGCUCGUGUCCUAUCAAUUGCCAUCGCAUUUCUUAGGCGAUCACAACUUCCAGCACGAGAAAACCCAUGAAAAGCAUCAGCUCUCUCUGCUAGUAGCUCCAAUUCCAGAUGAUUUGUGUGAGAAAAGCAAGGAAUUGUAGAUAAGAGGAUUCUAACUUCUGUAUAUUUUGUUGGAAUUUAGGGUUCUUAUUUUGUUCUUAGUUUGUAGUGGGGAAUGGGGCGACUGGGUUGCUGCCGCCGCUUCUCCGCCCAGGCCGAAUCGAGCUUGCAGCACGCGGCCAAGCGCCUGGAGAAUGUGGUGGUGGUAGCUGCCAAGCGGACCCCAAUUGGCGCCUUCCAGGGAUUGCUCUCGCCGCUCAGAGCGUGGGAGCUCGGCGCAGCGGCCAUCAAAGCCGUUGUGGAAGAGAGUAAGAUCGAUCCAAAGCAAGUGCAAGAGGUGUACAUGGGAAAUGUGCUGAGCUCCGGACUUGGCCAAGCGCCGGCACGCCAAGCUGCUCUUGGUGCUGGGCUUUCAGCGAAGACCAUUUGCACAACUGUGAACAAAGUUUGUGCUUCCGGCAUGAAAGCGGUGAUGCUAGCUGCUCAGAGCAUCGCACUGGGAACAAAUGAGCUCGUCGUGGCUGGCGGAAUGGAAAGCAUGUCGAAUGCUCCAUUUCUUCUUCCACGCCAGAAUCCUUCAAAGAAGCUCAUGGGAGAUUUGACUGUAAAGGACAGCAUGUUUUGUGACGGUCUCUCUGAUGCCUUCACGAACAAUGCGAUGGGAACUUAUGCUGAAUCCUGCGCUCAGGAAAUGGGAAUCUCAAGGGAAGAACAGGAUGUUCACGCUAUCGUGAGCUACGAGCGUGCCAUAUCGGCUCGAGAAGCAGGAACCGCGAGCGCGGAAGUGACGCCAGUUAUCAUUGCUGGUAAGAAAGGGAAGGAACCCGUGCUAGUCAGUAUCGAUGAAGAGUGCUCCCGGUUUGAUCCAGAUAAAAUGCGGGAGCUUCUGCCGGUCUUCAAGACCGAUGGAUCGGUAACUGCUGCCAACUCGUCGAAAAUAAGCGAUGGAGCGGCGGCGCUUUUGCUGGCCUCCGCAGAGUUCGCGGAGAAGAACAAACUGCCGGUGAUUGCUACCAUCCGGGGCUUUGCGGACGCAGCUCAGCCUCCAGAAAAGUUUCCAACCAGUCCGGCCGUGGCAAUUCCUCGAGCUCUAGCACAUGCACGUCGGAAGCUCAACGACGUUGACUUGUUCGAGAUUAACGAGGCAUUCUCUGUUGUGACUUUGGCCAACUGCAAGCUGCUCGGGAUCUCUAACGACGAUGUGAACGUUUGCGGCGGCGCUGUUGCAUUGGGCCAUCCGAUUGGUGCGUCCGGAGCCAGGAUUAUGGUGUCGCUCAUAAACAAUCUGAGGAGCAGGGACAAGCAGGUUGGUGUUGCAGCUGUGUGCAAUGGCGGUGGUGGAGCCUCAGCCAUUGUGGUGGAGAGGACACAGCAGGUGGUGGGAGACAAGCAGGCCAAAAGUGCAUCAAGUGAAUAGCCAAGGUCAUGAAAGAAGCAAAAGGAGAGGAAAGAGAAAAGCUGGAUCACACAUCAUCAAGUUGCACAGCCUUGUUGGAUUAUCAAAGAGAAAUGAAUAUUAAGCGAAACAGAUGGGUAUGAGGAUA